UGUAAGGUCCACAUGUCGUGCUUUGCCAAUAUAGCGUAGUUAAGAAAGGAGUCUGUACGAGCUGUUGUCUUAUUCUGAUCACACUUGUACCCCUGUGCCUAUAAAUCUUGCCUGCUCUUGCUCCCUCAUUUUCUCGUGUCCCUUUACCUCAGACUGAUCAAGGACGAUUAGCACGAGAAAAUGACCCCCUUCCCAGUACCUCAUGCUACAGCAUCGUGGUGGAGGACUCAGCUGCAUCGACUCGACGACUAUGUGUCUUCUGACCGUGUGCCAGAGGAGUCAGAUGUUGUUGUUAUUGGCGCAGGAAUAGCUGGUGCAUCAGUUGCGUAUCAUCUUCACCAACAAAAUAAAGGACAAAAGCGGCUAAGGGUCACGAUACUGGAGGCUCGCCAGACAUGCUCCGGAGCAACCGGCAGAAACGGCGGUCACUUAAAGCCAGAUCCGUACAGCUCUAUUGGUCACAUCGCUGCAGAGCAUGGCAUGGAGGCCGCCGCAGAGGUUGCUGAGUUUGAGCGUGCCCAUGUUGACGCCAUUACCGAGCUUGUGCGGACUGAGAAAAUCGACUGCGACUUCGUACUAACAAAAGCCAUCGACGUGCAAUUGCUUCCAGAAGAAUGCAGAACUGCAAAGGCCAAUUUUGAUAGUUUGGCAGCUGCCGGCGUUAAAUCAGUCGGCAGAGUGGCCUUUUACGGACGGGAUGAUGCGGAAGAGAGAUGUCGUGUUAAGGGAGCUCAAGGCUGUUUCACCUAUAAAGCGGGCCAUAUAUGGCCUUAUAAAUUAGUUCUACACCUUCUUAGCCAUUGCGUUGAUCAAGGAGCAAACCUCUACACAAACACUCCAGCUCAGUCUGUCUCCUCCGAGAGAGACGAUUAUGGCCGGUGGACGGUCACUACACCAAGGGGCUCUAUAAGGACACACCAUGUGGUGUACGCUAGCAAUGCAUAUACGCCGGCUAUUCUUCCUAUAUACUCUGGCAAGAUCGUCCCUGUGCGCGGCGUUUGUUGCAGGAUAGUACCGACUCGUCCCGUGACGAGGCUGACAGAGACAUACACUCUGAGAUGGGCUGAAGGGGAGUUCGACUACCUCAUUCCUCGAGAAGACGGAAGUAUUAUCGUCGGUGGCGCCUGGAAUAAAUACCACCAGGACAAGAGCAAUUGGUACAAUGUCAUCAACGACGAUGAGAUGAUAGAACCUGCUAGGGAGUAUUUCGAUCAGUACAUGCAAAGAAAUUUUCACGGCUGGGAGCAGAGCGGCGCAUACGUGGACCAGAUCUGGACCGGAAUUAUGGGCUAUUCAGCGGACUCGCUACCUCACAUUGGGCAGGUACCGGGAAGGCCCGGUCAGUUCAUUAUUGCUGGGUUCACCGGUCAUGGAAUGCCACAGGCGUACCUCUCAGGGAAGGGAGUAGCAGCGAUGGUGUCAGAAGGAAUCCCGUUUGCCGAAUCAGGGAUCCCAAGGCUAUUCGAAACGACGCAGGCUCGUAUUGAACACACUAGAAAUGACAUCCUUGAGAGUGUCCAAGAUCUCAAGCAGCCCCGUGCUAAGUUGUGAGAUCCAUAAGGCGAGUUAGCUCUGGCCAAGAGCUCUGUUGAUGUAAGGGACGGCAGACAUCUGAUCCUGAGAAGGCGUAAAAACAUUGAGGCUUUAAUCGAGUCGAAGUCAGCGUACUCGAUUAUACGAGACUUAGUUAUUCUGAG